UCUUCCACCAACCAAUAAGCCCAAACGAAGCUUGUCCGAACCCACAAGCGUCCAUCGACUUCUUCUCCUCCGACGACACGCAUCGAAUCGAAGGCCGAGAGAUGGAGUUCUCCGGCGUCGUGCUCCGUCGAACCACGGCCGUAUCCUGCGUUCAGACGAUUCGCGAUUGUGUUACAGGAUUCGUCCCCACCGCUGCCCCAUCCAAGGCGCGCUUCGCGAGGAGGGUUAGUGCUUCGGUUCGGAGGAUGGGGCUAUCGGCGUCGUUCUCAGACGUGGGGCACCUCAAGUACUACGCCUCGCCGGUCCGGUGCGGGGGAGGGAAGUUUAAGAAGGAGGAGAAGAAGAAGGCAAAGCUGAUGAAGGGGCUUUCUAAGGAUCUUGCGGCGUUGUGUUCGAUGGGCAUCGCCAGCGUCGACGCGAGCCAAGGACUCGCUCCGGAAGCCGAGGGGAAGAUGAUCACGGAAGCAGCAGAACUUUUGAUUGCGGAACUGAGGCAGCUAAGAGCGCAAGAAAAAGAGAUGAAGAGAAAAAGAAAGGAAGAGAAGUCGGCAACUAAGGCUGCGAUGAAGAAAGGCUGCAAUGAAUCAUCCACAAGCUCUUCUUCCUCAGAAUCCAGCGACAGCGAGUGCGACGGCGAGGUUGUCACUAUGAACAACCACCAAGCUUCUAUUAUUGUUCAAGAACCCGAGUCCAAAAGCCUACCGAUCUCCCCUGCAGCGCCGCCCAAGCCAGUGGAAGAAACAGAGCAUCACAACGCACAAAAGCCACCGCAAGAUAGCAGCAACUACAGCGUAGCAACAAUUGGCUCUUGCAGUAGCUCGAAGCGCGCCGUGUCCGCGCCCGCGACCGAGAUGCUUGUUAACAAGGUCGAAGUGUGCAUGGGAGGCAAAUGCAAGAGGUCCGGGGCACUGGAGUUAAUGGAGGAAUUCAACAAGAAGAUUGGAAGCGAGGGUGCAGUUGUCGGCUGCAAGUGCAUGGGCAAGUGCAAGCAAGGGCCGAAUGUACGAGUCCUGAAUCACUCCGAUGAAGCCAUUGCUCCGAGGAGCCCUCUGUGCAUUGGUGUUGGAUUAGAAGAUGUUGGAACAAUCGUAGCCAAUUUUUACGGGGAGAAUAAGGGCGCAAGUCCGGUGGCGUCGUUACAAAUAAUAGAAUAACUCUUUAAUUAGUUUGAGGCAAACCAUUUCUCUUGUUUUAUCUUCUUUUCUCAUUGUUGUGGUUGUUAUGCUCUCAUAAUAGUACUUGGUAAACAAGUUUAAGAUUAAUUUUAGAAAAACUGAGAUUGAGAAUUAA